AUGCUACAAAUCUUCGUGCCCGCUACACUUGUCGUUUUCAUCAGUUGGGUGUCGUUUUGGAUCAAUCCAGACUCGGCACCGUCACGUACCGUGAUCGGAACAAUGACCAUCCUUUCAGAGACGCACCUUCUUACUGGUACGAACAGAAGGCUGCCUCCUGUGUCCUAUAUAAAGGUUCAUAUUAUGCACGUAUACUGCCCUGUCGUUUCAAUUACAAACAAACACUCAGCGCUUCCGUUGUCGAACAAUUUAGAGGAUUUGGAAAAUCAGCAAAGCGAUGAAAAACUUUCUUGCUUGGUUGUUUCGACGUGUUACGAAACAGCGUUACCUAUGCAAAUAUCGAUGAGUAGUUUGCCGUUUUGUGUUCCUUCCACCCUUCGUAUUUUCAUCCUUUGA